GUUCUUCUGCGAGGUUCAGCGCUUCAGGGGUUGAGCAAGCAAGAGUGGGCUGUUUCGGGCUGCCGAACUGACGUAACGGGCCGCGCUAUUCAUUGCGGCGAAGCUCUUCUCAAAGGCACCUUUCCAGACAGGUAAAGGUUCGGGUGCUUCCAUACAAUCAUUCUCCGGGACCGUGGUUGAACAGCACUAUUUUUCUGAGUUAUAUUGCCUACCUAACUUGUUAAUCUCAUAAUACUACCUGUACCACAGGCUCACUGUGUUGAGUGAGCUUCACCUGCAGCUGCUUGCACCUUGCUUGGCGUGUGUAAGCAAGAAGGCUGAAGCUGCCCGAGCUGCCAUCAUUUGUUUCGGCUAAUACAUUUUCACAACAAUACCGAGAAUCAACAUAUCACAACAGUCAAAAUGUCGAUACGCAUAGCUCUGGAGAACCCGCCCGAGUUCUACACGAACUUGGAUAUCAUGAAGGGCCAUGUCGUGCUCACCCUUAGCCGGCAUGAGACAGUGGGCGCCAUCAUCGUGAAGCUUGAGGGAGAGUCAAGGACGGCCCUGGGAAUCCCAAACGACAACUCUAGCACCGGAGUACCGCACAGAGAAAUGCCAUCGGCCGGGGACAUCAUCUACGAAAACCACAAGAUUCUCUACAAGGUAGCCCAGGCAUUUCCCAACGAGAACGCUCCACCUCAGGCCGGUCCCAUCGUACUCAACCCAGGUCAGCAUCAUUUUCCCUUCCAGUUCAAGUUUCCCUUCAACAACUCAUGUGGCAACGCCGAAGCCAUGGCCAAGAUUGGAGGUGUUGUGAAUGCCGGUGGAUUCGCUCCAGGAGCUGGACUAUUUGGACUAGGCGGAAUCCGCGUGAUGGACGGGACCAAGCAGUUGAUGUACUCUCACGUUACGAAGACGUUACCUCCUAGUUUCACGGGAUUCCCUGGCGAGGCAGAGAUUCGAUACUACGUCAAAGUCACGAUACAAAGGCCGGGCUUAUUCAAGGAGAAUUGGAGAUAUCAAAUAGGACUCAAAUUCUUACCCAUCGAACCACCCAGACCACCAAAAAGCAACCAAGAGGCAUAUGCCAGGCGUCCAUUCGCCUUUGCGCCUCGCACGCCACCUUCCACGGCGCCACCGUCGACUAAGAAGCGGACCUCGUUCUUUGGAAGGAGUACCACUCCGCAACCACCACCCCCGGUUGGCGGACCCUCGAACCCAUCCUCGUCGGCCGAUGCCAGCUUAGCAACACCGCCCUCGAUCGAGAUGUCUGCUCGCCUCCCACAUCCAGCUAUUCUGACAUGCAAUAAGUCAAUACCACUACGACUUAUCGCCAAGAAACUGGCACCCAGCAAUGGAGAGGUGUACCUCGUAGCUAUACAGAUUGACCUCAUCGGCAAGACCAUCGUACGAUGUCAGGACUUGGUCAACAACGAGUUAAACCGUUGGGUGAUAGUCUCACGCCAGGGUCUUUCCAUACCUGUAUCCAAGCCAGACGACGCCGUAGGAACCGAGGUUGUCCUUCCCGAUGCCAUCUGGAACAACGUGCCUCUCCCCAACACCGUCAUGCCGAGUUUCCAGACGUGUAAUCUGAGUCGUGAGUACCAACUGGAAGUCAAGCUCGGACUCGCCUGGGGAAAGCCAGACGGCGCCAACCACGCCUCCAACAGCUCCUCUUUCUUUGGCGGUUCUAACCGGAACAAGGGCAAGAACCUUGCCAACAUCCCGCAGGAGAUCCACCUCCCCCUCAACUUCAGCAACGUCCAAGUCUUCUCCGGUCUCACUCCCCCAGCAGAAUUGGUAGAGGCCAUGCGUCAAGGACGAACACGACCAGCCAGGAAACAAACCGGUCCCAAUGGUCGUCCUCCACAGCAACAACCUCAACCACAGCCCAAUAUCCCACCUCAAGGUGUGGCUUCUUCAUCACGCCCACUUGCACCAGUGCUGCCGCCUAGACCGGUGGCAGCCACACCACAGAACGAUGCCUCGGAAGCGGCGCUUUACCCGCCUCAGUUAAGACCCGGACAAGACGCACCGCCGUAUGACGAUGCGCCCCCUACAUAUGAGGAGGCAAUGGCGGAGGAGAUGACUGGGCCGGUUUUUCCAAGCACGGCAAGACCGGCCUACAGCGGAGUGACGGAUGAGAAUGCGGCGAGUAGUUUGCCUGAGAAAAAUUAGCCUUUAACUUUUCCGAGGGAUGAGAAUGGAAAAGGAGGAUCAAGUUAUUUUGAAGCAUUUGCUGUUGAGGGCAUCGGCCUUAUCACACACUGAAAGAGAUUCCCUAGCUCUUCUCUCUUUUUUCCUUCUUUUU